AUGAGCGCACAUUACCGCUCUCCUCUGGGCUAUUAUGCGCUUCAGCUAGAAAGGUCGUCAGAUGCUUUAUACUCUGUUUAUCAGGGUGCAAUGUCUAACGUUAACCAUGUCAUUCAGACAUUAAAAGAUCUCGCUCAUGCUGUCUUACCGCACAAGGAAGUAGUGGAUAAAGAUGGUGCAAAGGCUGAAUAG